GCAGGCAUUGGAUAUUUUGAGUCAUCUUUCCUUCCUCAGAACUUCCAAACCAGUUACUGUCACGAAGAAGUCUCCAAAGUCUUUACGACAUCGUUUUACUGAUAUUUUAUCUGAGUUUAACCCUUUCCUUUCCUUCCCCCCAAAUAUUUCCCGGAAAAAAUAAAUCCUUAAAUCUCAGUUUCGUUGAAUCCCAAACCCAUAUUCGAAUUAUCAAUAUACUCUAAAAAUCCUUUUUUUACACCGUUUUCUUCGCGUUACUGUCUAAAUUCUUGGAAAGUUCCUUAAAUCUUUAAAAUCUUAUCGCAAUUCACUUAAAUUUUCACUUUUUUCCCCAAACUCAUCUCUAUUAUCACUCUAAACGUCAAAAAUCCAUUUUUUAAAAUUAAAAUUUAUUUUUUUAUGCUGCCAUGGCUGCUGUUUUAAGGUCGAAAUCAUCGCGAGAUACUGCUUCGUUUGCUUCCUCGCAGCUCAGAAAUUACAUUCAGAACCAUAUCCACGCGGGUCGGACUACCCUUUUCCAACGGAGUGCCAGAACGGGACUUGAUAAUUAUUUGAAUAAUUAUAAUUUCAUCUCAGGCUCUCCCUUUAAUUUCACACCAUUCAAGCCCAUCUCUCUGCGCGGCGAAUAUGUCGAUAGUGGCCGGAGGAAUUUUCCGACUUCUUUUAGGAUUAAGAGGAAAGUUGACAACUUUAGCUCCCAAGGGGACCCGCCUGAGGUCAGGCAGCCUCCUGGAACGGAUGGAACUGUAGUGCGCUCGGAAGUUAAAUUUAUUCAGAUGAGUGAAGGGGCUGGACCAAGUACGGGCUCUGGUGGUGGGUUUGGGUCGGGCUCCAAGGAUGAGUGCUGGGUUGGAUCCAAUUUUGGCCUGAAUUUUCCAACUCCUAAAGAAAUCUGUAAGGGGCUGGAUAAAUUUGUGAUAGGCCAGGAUAGAGCUAAAAAGGUCCUUUCUGUAGCAGUUUAUAAUCAUUACAAGAGGAUAUAUAAUGAUUCGGCUCAAAGGUCUGCAGGGAGUACAGAUAGUGUGAAAGUGGAUGGAACUGAUAACGAGACAGUAGAACUUGAGAAAAGUAACAUUCUACUAAUGGGACCAACAGGCUCAGGGAAGACGCUACUUGCCAAAACUUUGGCGCGGCUGGUGAAUGUUCCCUUUGUCAUUGCCGAUGCUACUACACUUACUCAGGCAGGAUAUGUUGGGGAAGAUGUGGAAUCCAUUUUAUAUAAGCUACUUACGGUUGCUGACUAUAAUAUUGCAGCUGCACAGCAAGGCAUAGUUUAUAUUGACGAAGUUGACAAAAUCACGAAAAAGUCUGAGAGCCUCAAUAUCAGUAGAGAUGUGUCGGGAGAAGGUGUCCAGCAAGCAUUGUUGAAAAUGCUCGAGGGGACUGUGGUCAAUGUCCCAGAGAAAGGAGCUAGGAAGCAUCCUAGGGGUGACAAUAUUCAGAUUGAUACAAAAGACAUUCUCUUUAUAUGUGGUGGUGCCUUUAUUGAUUUGGAAAAAACGAUCUCAGAAAGGCGUCAUGAUUCUUCUAUUGGUUUUGGUGCACCUGUACGGGCAAACAUAAGGACAGGCCACGUUACAAGUGCUGCUGUGGCAUCAUCUUUACUAGAAACCGUUGAAAGUAGUGAUCUAAUUGCAUACGGCCUAAUACCUGAGUUCGUUGGACGAUUUCCCAUCCUUGUUAAUUUGGAAGCACUUACUGAAGAUCAACUUAUUCAGGUUUUAAUGGAGCCUAAAAACGCUUUAGGGAAGCAGUAUAAGAAGAUGUUCCAAAUGAAUGACGUGAAGCUUCGUUUCACUGAAGAUGCAUUGAGAUUGAUUGCUAGAAAAGCAAUAACCAAGAAUACAGGAGCUCGGGGUUUGCGAUCUAUGCUAGAGAAUGUUUUGAUUGAUGCUAUGUAUGAGAUUCCUGAUGUUAGAACAGGAGAUGAUAUAAUAGAUGCUGUUCUAGUAGAUAUGGAAUCCAUUGGAUCUGAGAAACGUGGUUGCGGGGCUAAAAUCCUUUAUGGUAAGGGGGCACUGGACCGCUAUCUUUCAAAACACAAGUUAAAGGAUUCAGAGUAUUGCAUGGAUGUUUAUUUUGCGUUACAGGCAUCUGCGGAUGGGUCUGAAGGAGAAUCUGAGGUGGAACCGGAACUUCCUUCAAUUGUUGCAUUGUAAACUUCCGAUGAGCGCAGGUUGUUGAUGUUAUCAAGAAAGUUUGCCGUUCACUAGCAGACGAUGAGUGGCAGCAGCGGCUAGUGGUGGUGGCCGAGCAGGGUUGACGUUUAUAUUCUGCCAUUGGCUGCUGGUAAGGUCGCUAGCAGAAGUCAAGCUGGUGCUUAUGUAUUGAAUAAUUGGCUUAUUUUAGGGAUCAAGUUGUUUGGUCUGGCAAGUGGGGACUAGAAUAACCUAGGAAGACUUGGCAUGGUCCACAGGACAUAAUUUGAGGCAGUUGCAACUCUUGACCUUGUAAACAUUUUGGCAUGGUUAUAUUCUCUUUGUGGGUCUUCAACUUCUUUAAACGUUUUAGUGGACGUUUGACAAAGCUUUUAAGGGCUUAUAAGCUGUGAAUCUCAAGAAAUGAGUGAAUAAAAAGUAUGUUUGAUGAGAUUUAAAAAGAAAAGUUGAGCUUCGCCAAGCAUGUUCGAAGGUCAAGCUGUCCUAGUACAAUUGCGGCGAUAAAAAAAUCUUUCCUCUCGAGGUUUCAAGGCGGAAUGUUUUCUUAUACCCCACAAGGUUGAUAGAUACAUGUCUACAAUGUUAAGAUGAUCGGCUCUAGACAAGCUUUAUAGAUGACAACUUGUCAAAGGCUAUUAUGAGUUCAAGAUAAGUGGCAAUGAUAAAAUUGUGUUCCAAAAUAGGUGGCAACAAAAAUGCUAAAUGGACAGAGCCUUUGGACACCGCAGCCCCCUGUGAUAGGGCAUAUCCAUAUUCGAGUUUCAUUUUAUUAAUGUUACACAAGGAAUGUGUCUUAAAAGUGCGUGAGUGUUUAUCACGUUGUACUAAUAUAAUAGUUACCAUGAUUUUUUAUUUUAUUUUUAAAUACGUAUAACGUUCUUUUUUUU